AAAUAAAUUAAAAUGAGCAAACCUAAAUAUGUAUAAUAGAACAUUUAAAAUGAGGUAACUACAAUUAAAAUGAGCAAAUAUUAAUUACAUUCAUAAGUAAUUCAAGGAUCUAUAAGUACUCAGUGUUUCGGGUAAAAACACUCAGUAUACAGAAUUGUGUAUGUAUAUGUGUGUGUCUGUGUGAGUGUGAGUAAGUGUAACAGUGUGUCUGUGUGUGAGUGUGAGUGUGAGUGAGUGUAAGAGUUUAUGUAUGUGAGCAUUGAAUUGCAUGUUCAUUUGACAAAUGAGCAAACCUACCCCCCAUGUCCCCUCCUCUUUCUACUUGCAGUUCUGAUUUCAGAAACUGAUUUCAGUUCUAAUUAUAGAUUCUAAAAUUAUUGUGUGUGUGUGUGUGUGUUUGUGUGUGUAAGUGUGUAUCUAUAUCUGUGUGUGUGUAAGUUUGUUUAAGAAUCUGAUUUCAGUUCUAAUUAUUGAGAGAGAGAGAGAGAGAGAGAGAGAGAGAGAGUGUGUGUGUGUGUGUGUAUUUAAGUGUGUUUAAGGAGGUGCAUAUUCACAAAUGAUGAGCAACAACGAACAAGUUGAGAGUCAAUCAAGUACCAUCACAAAUGUGCCAACUACUCCUACAAUAGUAGUUUCUCCUAAAGUAGCACCUUUGCUCACUCCUGGAGGAACAAAAGAAUGGCUUCCAAUAUACCCCAAUGAGUUGAAACCAGCUAUAGGGAUGAAGUUUAAUAAUCUUGAAGAGGGCCUUGAAUUUUAUAAAAGAUACGCAUUUGCUGCUGGAUUCAACACAAGAAAAUCUACAACUAAAAGGCAAAGAAGAAGCAAAGAAUUGAAAUCACGGUAUAUCUUAUGCAAUAAAGAAGGAUACAAAGAGAAAAGAAAGCCUACUGUUGAAAAAGAUUUAAAUAACAACGAAGGAGAAAGCAAUGAAGAAAAAACUUCAAUCAAAAGGAAGAGACUCGUUACUCGUGUUGGGUGCAAGGCACAUAUUAUCAUAAAGCAUUGUGAUGAUAACAAAUUCAUAGUGUCACAAUUUCAUGAGGGACAUACGCAUCCACUUUAUACACCUAGUUGCAAUCUCUUCCAAAAAGAAGGAAGAAAAAUGAACAUAUUGCACAAAAAAAUAAUUGUGAAUAAUUCUAAGGUGAAUAUUGGUCCCGUUACAACUUUUCAAAUGAUGAAGGAAAUUUUUGGAGAAUAUGAAAACAUUGGUGCAUCUAAGGAAGAUUUCAAAAAAUUUCAUAGAGAUUUAAAAGCAUACAAUCAAGGAAGCGAUGCUCAAAUGUUCGUGGAUAACUUUACCAACAAAAAGCUAAUGUGGAGCGCUUUUUUCUUUGAUUUUGAGAUGGAUGAAGAUUAUUGCCUUUGUAGAGCAUUGUGGGCAGACCCCCUUUGUAAAAAGAUUUAUGCUCUAUUUGGUGAUAUGGUAUCCUUUGAUACCACAUACCAAACCAAUAGGUACAACAUGGUGUUUACUCCAUUUACAAGGGUUGACCAUCAAAAGAAUUGCAUUAAUUUUGCUGCUAGUUUCAUAGCAAAGGAAGAUAUCGUGUCAUUUGAAUGGUUGUUCAGAUCAUUCCUCAAGGCAACGGGUGGGAAUGAACCUAAUUGUAUGAUCACAGAUCAGGAUCCAACAAUGAAAAUUGUUGUUAGAUGUGUGUUUAAGAAGACUGAACAUCGGUUCUGUAUGUGGCACAUAAUGAAAAGGUUACCAGAUAAGGUGGAUAAAUCAAUCAUGCAAGAAGAAAAUGGUUUCCUAAAAAAAUUAUGUGCUUGCGUUUGGCACCUUGAAAUUGAACCCGCUGAGUUUGAAGAAAGGUGGAACAAGGUAAUGAUUGAGUACCACUUGGAACAACAUGAGUGGUUAGGUUAUAUGUACAAGAUAAGAGACUAGUGGAUUCCGUCCUAUUUCAGAGGUGUGUUCCUUGGAGAAAUAAUGCGUACAACAUCAAGAUCCAAAAGUGAAAACAACUUUUUCUGCUCCUUUAUCAAUCCUCAUGUGUCACUUGUUGAGUUUUACUUGAGAUAUGAAGCUGCAAUUGAUGCCCAGAGACACACUCAAGGUCAGAAUGAUAAUGAUUCAAAGCACAAAUAUCUUGAGUGCAAAACACCACUAGGGAUAAAAAAGCAUGCCUCACAUUUAUAUACUAACUCUGUCUUUUAUGAAUUUCAAUACGAGGUUGAAAUUGCUUGUUUUUCUUGUGGUUUUGAUGAAUUGAAGAACGAAAAUGAAUUGGAAGUUGCAA